GCCGUGUUAUAGUGUAAAUAAUAUUAAAUUUCAGUAGAAGUGGCGGUGGAGUGCGAAAUUUUAAUUGAUUUGAUUAACAAUGACUGAAAUUUACCACCUGUGAGACCACGACCGACUGAAUUGUAAAAUGUCUUUAAAGAAAGAAUCUCGGACUGACGUCCAGUUCCAUCUGGCGGCGCUGCGUGGUGACUGUGACCGACUUCGGCAGCUCCUGGACACGGGGAAGGUUCACAUCGACUCCAGGGAUCGGGAUGGAACAACUCCGCUGAUUCUCUCAGCCGCAAUGGGUCACACGGACUGCGUCAGGGAACUCCUGGCGCAGGGAGCCGACCCUGCCUGCUGCAGAACGACAGGAACGAGCGCGUUGUUCUUCGCAGCUCAGGGCGGGUUCCUGGAUAUCGCCAGGUUAUUGCUGGACGCGGGAGCGGCCAUUGACGCGCCUAGCACGGACGGUGGUACUCCGUUGUUCGUGGCGUGCCAGUGUGGACACCUGCCGGUAGUCGAGGAGCUUAUUAGUCGGGGAGCUAACGUCAAUGCUUGUAUGAAGGACAAAGCGUCCUGCCUGUUCAUAGCGGCGCAGAACGGCCAUGAGGACGUGUGCCUGCUGCUGCUGUCGCGCGGCGCGCUCGUGGACGCGGAGCGCGCGGACGGCGCCACCGCGCUGUGGAUCGCGAGUCAGUGUGGUCACGACCACGUGGUCAGGGCGCUGUUGGCCGCCGGGGCCAAUGUUGACCAGGUCAGACAGGACGGCGCAACCCCUUUGUUCAAAGCGGCCCACAAAGGACACGCGGCCGUGGUGGCUGAGCUACUCAAAUAUAAUCCCAAUCUUGGACUUUUACCGAACGGUCAGACGGCGCUGCACGGCGCGUGCGUGUGCGGGCAGCUGGCGUGCGUGCGGCUGCUGGCGCGCCGCGCCGACGUGCGCGCGCGCAACGCGGCCGGCCUGAGCGCGCCGCGCGCCGCCGCCGCCGCCGGCCGCCGCGACGUCGUCGCCUACCUCGCCGCGCUGCCGCCCCGCUCCUCCUAGUCAGUCAGUCAGUCAGAUCGAUACCCCCCUUUAUUGAGGCCGGUUAAAAGUUUCCAAUACCCUCUCUUGAAUUUAACGAACAGUAUCUCGUAACACAAGUCUCGAACUUACUUCGAGGCUAACUCAAUCUGUGUAAUUUGUCCCGUAUAUAUUUAUAUUUAUUUAUUUAUUUAAUAGUAUGUAGCGGGAGCGAUGAUUCGGCUCGACCGCCACCAAAAUAUAAUCUAAAAUAAGCUAAAAAAAUAAAAUAAUUGCGCUGGAAAAAAAAGAUGAUGCACACUCAAAAAAGACUCGUCAUUUAUUAUUUCUUAUUUUUCUUCUUUAAAUUACAAAAUGUUUGUUCAGACACUCUAAAGAGUUCGUAACAAACAGUUUCCGAAUAAACUUACUAACAAACAUACAUACAGGUCAAAUGAGUACCACCUUUUUAUUUUGAAAACGGUUAAAUACACCUCAAGCUAAAUUAUUAACAGAUUGUCCAACUCUAAAUUAUAUUACUAUGGGGGUAAAAUAAUUUUGUGACACAACAUAUGUAAUAACUUUAUAAUUUAAUAAACAUAUACUUAAACUUAAUAAGGUUAAAUAUUCCAUAAGUUGACAGUUUCUUGCAUUUUUUACUCGGUUAUUUUAUUAUAAAAAACUUCCUAAAUAAAACUCAAAAAUCUCAUUUGAUAUUGUAUUCAUAAAUCUCAAAAUAUGUUUUACAUUACAAUCGUUUUAAUGUAUAAGCUAAAAUAUCAAUUAUUUAUUCGUCCACAUUAAAUAUUGUAGAUAGUGAUACCAAAAGCUUAUAAUAAAAGGUAUAAAUUUUUCACCCAUUUUAUAAUGAACGGUCAAUCGCUAAUGCCUUACAAUAUGGGCAUAUAUGUUAUUUAUUAAAAUAAUACUAUUUUAUAUAUAAUGUAUACACCUGAUAUAUUGGCUAUAAAGUCAUACUUAUAACACUACAUUCACGCCUUUCGCUAUACCUCAUAUAUCGCUUUACGUUGAUAAUAUGACUUAAAAAUAUAAAAUACUAUGUUAACACAUUUAUAACAAUAAUCCAGUUGUUACAAUAAUAAAAUGAUCCGGGUUCGAUCCCCGGUUAGAUCAGCUCUAUAUUGGGUCUUAUAUAAAUUUUAUCAAAACCAAUAUUGUAUUCAGAAAACAGGCACCUUUGCAGGCACUUUUCCACGUUAAUUUACAUUUAAAAAAACACAUUUAAGUUAUAUCUAAUAUAUUAGUUGAAAACGGCAAAAACAACGUUUUGCAUAACGAAAUAUCAAAAUUUAUGUUAAAUGAUGCUUAUGCCAAAAAACAUUAUGCAGUUUACAAUUUUUUUUUGAACUUCACUUAGUGAUAAGCCCAAUUUAUGUAAUUUUUACUAUAACAUUUAUUUAUUUUAAUUGGUGCUGAUUUAGUUUGUAAGUGCUCUGUUAACUAGUCUUCUUUAGUUCAUUUUAAUUUUAGUUUGCAGUACAAACAAUGUUCUUUUGCAUUUUAAUGGAGUUUUUCAUAUAUAUAUAUUUAUACUAACUACAAGUUAGAAUUAAGCGUUACAAUUAAGUUAUUUUAGUUUAUUUUCGUGUAUUUAAACAUGUAUAACUAAUAUACACAA